ACACAAAAGGGUAUAAAACACUGCUGUCCCUCUGCUAGUGUAUUAUCAUACAAUUUCUUCUUGGAGAUUUGAGGACGUUUGCUGUCAUGUUUGUGUGUAAGGUGACUGUGGGUCUGUUGGCUCUGCUGCUGGUCUGUUCUGCAGAGGAGGACCCGCUUGCUGAUCUGUCUGUGGGAGAGCGGCUCGAGAGAGUGAACAGCAAAAACAUUCGUGGUGUAGAUGAACCUGAGCUGAUUGAAGGAGACAUCGCUGUUUAUGAUGAUAAUGGGAGAAACGCUGAUCCCUGCACCUCCACUGGUUGCAUGUGGCCAAAGUCGAGUGAUGGCAAAGUCUACGUGCCCUAUGUAAUCGCCAAUCACUACACCGAUCGCGAGCGGCAGAUUAUCCAGCAAGGCUUGGCCUCUUUCUCCUCCAUCACCUGCAUCCAUUUUACUCCACGCUCCAAUGAGAGGGAUUAUAUCAGCAUUGAGUCUCUCAGUGGAUGCUACUCUUAUGUUGGACGCAUCGGUUAUGCACAGACCUUGUCCCUGGCUCGUAGCGGCUGCAUCUACUAUGAUACCGUCCAGCAUGAGCUUCUUCAUGCUCUGGGCUUUAAUCAUGAGCAGACCCGCAGCGACCGAGACAGCUACAUCCGUGUUGCCUGGGAGAACAUUAUCGAGGGCAAAGAGCACAACUUCAACAAGAAGGCCACUCUGAACCAGGGUACAACUUAUGACUACAACUCUGUCAUGCAAUACUUCAAAACUGCUUUCUCUAAGAAUGGCCUGCCCACCAUGAUCCCCAUCCCUGACCCCAAUGUGCCCUUCGGAACGGCCACUGAGAUGAGCCAAAACGACAUCUUCAGAAUCAACAGACUCUACCAGUGCUAAACUGCUGAGUGCUGCAGCUGGGCAGUCGUUCAGGUGGCCUGGGACUGGAUAACUUUAGAGGGAUAAUGAUAAUAAACUGUGUUGACAAUUUUACGCUGUGUAAUUGUCUUUUAACAAUAAAGUAACUUCAGUUUA